UAUCAUUUCCAUAUGCAACUAUAAACCUAGGGUUUUUCCCCAUAGCCACAACUGGACUUCUCUCCACCGCACCGAAAGCCUUCCGUCGCUAUCGCAAAGCCUGUGCUGCGGGCGGUCAACUGGUCAGGUCAAUUUCUGGAUGCGCCAUUGUUGUAAAGGCUAAGUAGAAGAGGAACCGACUGUAUAAUUGUGAAACAAUGACUGAGUUGAGGACGGAGGACAUCCUCAGGGAGAAGAAGACUCAUGACGCCGACUCUAUCACCUCUAUUUCUCUAAAUCACAAAUCGCUUUCCUAUGUAAUUUCGUGCUUAGGCGAUUUCAAGAACCUUGAGAGACUUGACCUCAACUCCAACAGUUUAACUUCAUUGAAGGGUUUGGAGCCGUGCUUCAAUUUGAAGUGGUUAUCUGUGCAACUAAACAAGCUUCACAGCUUGAAAGGGAUUGAAGGCCUCACUAAUCUCUAUGUGGUAAAUGCUGGGAAAAAUAAACUUAGAUCUAUGGACGAGGUUAAAAACCUGGUAAAUUUACGUGCAUUGAUAUUAAAUGACAAUGAGAUUGUAUCAAUAUCUGGGCUUGAUCAACUGAUGGAAUUGAAUACUCUUGUUCUUUCUAGAAAUCCAAUCCGUAAACUGGGCAAUUCACUGGCCAAGAUGAAGUCGAUUGCAAAGAUUUCUCUCUCCAACUGCCAAUUAGAAGAUAUUGACAGUUCAAUCAAGGCUUGUGCCGGACUUGAACAACUUCGCCUUGCUCACAAUGAUAUUAAGGCUCUUCCUGCAGAGCUGGCUUUUGCUAAGAAACUUCAAAUUCUUGACUUAGGAAGUAACAUGAUUUCAAGGUGGUCAGACCUGAAGGUACUUUCCUCAUUGUAUAAUUUGAGAAACAUUAAUUUACUCGGAAAUCCAAUAGCUGAUAAUGUCAAGCUCGUAAAGAAGGUAAAAAGGUUAGUUCCCAGUUUGCAGAUACUCAAUUCUAAAAGAAUGGAUAAAUUAGGGUCUGAGAAGGAUCAGAAGGCUGAGGAUCCUGAACUUAGUUUAGGAGAUGAGCUGAAGCCUUCAAAGAAAAGGAGAGAUCAUGAUGUGAAGGCUGUAGAACGUAAUGCGAAUGUAAUCGAUGAGGAAGAAUAUCAAGUUGGAGAUAAAAGAGAUCACGUGAAGCAGGAGAAGAAUUCUAGAAAGGCUAAAACAAGGCGAGUUACUGAAGGGGAGUCUGCUAUACAGUGUAAUGAUGGGGAGAGCAUGCAAAAGAACCGAAAGAAGAAAAUAGAGAACCAUCUGGAGAAAGAAGUACUGUUGCAAGAAGCUGACAAAACUUCAAAAGAUAAAAGGUCAAAAAGAAAGGCAGAGAAGGCGCAUCUGGACGUUAUUGAUGAUAAGGAAACUCCAUUUGCGGAACUUGUAGCUUAUGAUGCUACAGAAAGUAUGGAACCAAAUGAUGGGAACAGAAGAGAUAGCCAAGCUGUUGGGAAAUUUGACGCAUAUAGUCCCCUGGUUAUUUAUCCAGCAAAGAAAAAGAAGAGCAAAAAUCAAGGUGCUGGAGCUUCUGUUCUUCAGUUUCUGAUGCCAGAAGUUGGGUUGGGUGGGCAAUCAGCAUGGGCUGAUGAUGAUUAAUGACUAGUCAAAUUUUGCAAGCAUAUCAACAACUUGAAUCUGCUGGAGACAAGGUCUUCUCGAAAUCCCUUGUCGUCUUUGUUGUUCUACUUCAGCAUCACAUGUAGCAUCUGCUUAGGUCACUCUGCAUACAGAUCUUGCGUAUACUGAAGGUGCAGGUACUUCUGCUGUAGAAGUUAAAUGUCUGCUUUUAUUACGCUCAGCUAUUUAUCAAUCUAAACUAGUUUCUUCUCGCUAUAGAGGUCAAUCAUAUGAUCUUCUCUGAUGUUUUUAUAUACUACUAUACAACUACUCUUGAUCACUUUUUUGACAAAUGCAAAUGGACUUCCUAACCAUAUACUUUACUAAA